UGCUCACGAGAAGUGAGCGGACAUUAACCAGAAGAAGAAGAGCGACGUUCCGGGCUGCCCACAGUGAAGGAAGAUCUGCAUCCAGACAAACCGAACAAUUAAAAUCAGUAAUGAUGGAGUUUGUGAAAAGGGAGAGUGAGAUCAUGAGUGAUCCAGAAGUCUGCAGAAUUAAACAUGAAGAUACUGAGGAACUAACAGACCUGAUGGAAGUGGCAGAAGAAAGCAAAGAACUGAAUGAAGUGGAGGAGACACCAAAACGAAGAAAACGAGCCAAAAGUUCUUUCAACUGCCAUCAGUGUGGAAAGAGUUUCACAAGUAAAAGAGACGUUGAGAUCCACAUGAGAGUUCACACUGGAGAGAAACCGUACACGUGUCACCAGUGCGGAAAGAGUUUCACACGUGCAAGCGGUCUCAAAGAUCAUCUACUACGCUAUUACUCGAGAGAACAGCCAUUUUACUGUGAGCAGUGCGGCAAAAAGUUUAAAGUUGAAAAAGACCUGAGGAAGCACCUGAAAUUUCAUGCGAAGGACAAGCCAUUUGUGUGUGCUGAUUGUGGAAAGAGUUUCCUAUAUAAAAGAGAUUUUGAGGAACACGUGAGAAUCCACACCGGAGAGAAACCGUACACGUGUUAUCAGUGUGGAAAGAGUUUUUCAAAACCAUACAGUCUCAAAGAUCAUCUACUUCGCUUUCACUCCACAGAAAGGCCAUUUAACUGUGAACAGUGCGGGAGAGAUUUUAAUGUGCCUGGAGACCUUAGGAGACACUUGAAAGUUCAUGCAAAGGAAAAGCCGUAUGUGUGCUCUGAUUGUGGGAAGAGUUUUGCACGAGUGGACAGUCUGAAACUGCACCAGAACAUACAUACUGGUGUGAAGAAUUAUAUGUGUUUUGAGUGUGGGAACAGCUUUAUCUCGGCAAGCAAAUUGAAAGAGCACCGGAGAAUCCACACUGGAGAAAAACCAUUCAAGUGUUCACUCUGUGACAAGAGAUUCACUCAGUCGGGACAACUGAAAACACAUGAGAAGGUCCACAUUGCAGAGAAGCCGCACCGCUGUCUUCCAUGUGGGAAGAGUUUCACCCUGUCAUGUCAUAUAAGGAGACAUAUGAACAAGUAUCAUCCAAAGUUGUCUGAGGAGUUAAGUUCAUCCUCGGGUCAGGUCCAAGUAAACUCUAGUCUGUAAUGUUACAAAGUUAAUGUACUUAAAUGACUUGUAGUGAUGUUUGUCUAUGUUCAUCAAAACAAAUUUAGAGUUCACAGUAGUAGUUCAGAAAACUAGUUUGUUGCCAUGAAAUCAGAUGGAUCUCACUGUGAAUUUGGCAAUUCUAGAGCUAAACUCAACUCAAACUACUGAUUCUUGUCAACAAAAAAGUACAAAAACAAAGUGCUUUCUGAAUAAAACAACUAUUGGUUUAAAAUAUAUUUCUUCAAUGUAACGUAUCUGCUAGUUGCAUAGCUUAAGCAUUAAACAUCUUUUGGAUAUGAUAUGUGAACAGAUGUUUUCUCUAGUGAGUUUGUCAACUAUGUUACGGGCAAUCUGUAUGUCAUUACAUACACUGAUUAAAUGUACACUUAGAGUAACACAUAAUUAAGGGUUGUUUUGUAUAUUCUGCCAUAUGUGCAGUCAUUCUUUUUAAAUGAUUUUAAGAAUUUAAUGUUUUUGCAGAUUUUCAUAUGAUAUUUUCAGCACAGUCACUAGUGACAGUUACAUUUUAUUAUCAUAAAUCUGCCUUAAAUGUAAUUUUGGUAGUUUUAAGAAAUGUUAUGCAAAGCUCUAACCUUUGUGGGUGUAAAAUAUACCUUAAAGGAUAUCAGAAGCAGCGUUCUUGUUAUUUGAAAUAAAAAACAAAACAAAAAACAUAGCUGACCGCUAAAGUACCAUAGCUGACCGCGGAAGUACCAUAGCUGACCGCAGAAGUACCAUAGCUGACCGCAAAAGUACCAUAGCUGACCGCGGAAGUACCAUAGCUGACCGCUAAAGUAACAUAGCUCACAGCUAAAAUACCAUAGCUGACCGCAAAAGUACCAUAGCUGACCGCCAAUAGUUGGCCAUAGAGGUAACUUAGUUGACAAAUCCCACAUUUUGACUCAUAAUUUCAAUGGCCGGUCGUGUCUGGUCAACCACAUGUCAAUUUCUUAAUCAGGUUAACCUCAAAUUUUUAUAUAUAUUUUAUUUAGUCAUAAAAAUAUUGCAAACCGUAACAAUGUACCGAACAUAUUUGAGUGUCAAUGAAUAUACUCCUUGACAAUAUGCUAUUAUAGUUAAAAUAUUGAAAUAAAUGAGAGGACGCUCGCAAUUAUGUGUUCAAGAUGUCCCCGAGAGAGGACGAUGACAUCACAUGAUGCUGGUCACAUGGUUUUAGGAUACGCCAUUUUUUAGUUGCAGGGGUGUUUGUUUAGUAACGUAGUUGACAGAACUUGUGUGGACAUGAUUCAAAUAUUUUCAGUGCAAUUUACAAUCAACAUCAUGAAACAUCAUGGCCGUUUCAAACAUGAAACAUGGGAUGCACAAAAUAUGUGUGUGAUAUUAUAAUAAAUGGAUAUAUUUCUGAAGAAAAUGGUCAGAUGCACAUUGAAUGUACCCUAAAUUAUAUAAGAGCCAACUGCCCCUAGUGGCUGAAACUGGAAGCAAUGUUGUAGUACUGGAGACAUAACUGGGUAAAAAUGUGCUAGUUGGCCAUGUGUAUCGCUGUCAACAUCUGGAGUGCCAUGGUUUUUGAAAGUUCAUAUGUCAAGUUAAAGUGAAUUUCAGCUGUUAACAAAGUGUCUCGAGACCCCUGUGUUCUGCUCUGUUCGUUGCGCUGCUUCAUGCUUUUUUAGCGCAAGAAUGUGUUCGGUCUGAAUGGCCUCUUUUAGAAAAGUCUUUUAUCAAAUGUUUAGCCAACCUGUUCAAAUAAAUCUCUCAAUG